AUGCAGUAAACACGCGUUGGCCGAGUGCGUUCGCCGUGACAGUUCCGUGUUAGUGAAGUUCAGUGAAAACCGGCAAACUGUUCGCCCCUACGGAGGACAUGCUUACCAUGGAAACCGACCUGAAAGGAGGCAGCUUGCACGCCAACAUGCCUCCUCACCACGGAGGUCUGCAGGGUUACGGCGGUCUCAGUCAGCUGCCGGCCAUGCACUCGUUGGCACAGCAUCCGCAUCAGCUGCACCAUCAACCGCAAGGACCGCAGCUGCAUCAUCAGCACCAACAGAGUCACCAGCAUCAGCAGGCUCCCCAACCGCAGCAUCCCCAACAGAACAAUAACAACAAUACGACUAAAGCGCAAAAUAUGGAAAGGGUAAAACGACCGAUGAACGCGUUUAUGGUGUGGUCGAGAGGUCAGAGGAGGAAAAUGGCUCAAGAGAAUCCAAAAAUGCACAAUUCCGAGAUAUCAAAGCGACUCGGCGCCGAGUGGAAGCUGCUCAGCGAGACAGAGAAGCGGCCAUUCAUCGACGAGGCGAAACGGUUGCGCGCAGUUCACAUGAAGGAACACCCUGACUACAAAUAUAGACCGAGGAGAAAGACCAAGACGUUACUGAAGAAAGACAAAUACCCGUUAGGCACCGGGGCUCUGUUGCCGACGGGCGCACCUGGAGAUGCUGGUUCGCGACCGACCCCAGGCGGCGGCGUUCAACAAGUGACAGCCAGAGACAUGUACCAAAUGCCGAACGGAUACAUGCCCAACGGCUACAUGAUGCACGAUCCCAGCUCUUACCAGCAGCAAUACAGCGCCAACUAUGCGGCCGCGGCUCGGUACGAUCAAAUGCAACAGAUGCAACAUUCCGCGUAUAUGAACGGUGGUUACGGUGGAUACACGGUUCCAAACAGUGCCGGUUCACCUUACGGACUUCACCAAGCCGGCUCCUCGCACAGUCCCAGCGGUAGCAGCAUCAAAUCGGAACCAGUCUCGCCGGGCUCCGGUCUUCACACGCCGACGCCCGCCGGCGUCAAACGGGAGUACCAACAGCAAACGCAACAGCAAGUCCAGGGCCAGGACCUGCGACAAAUGAUCUCCAUGUACCUGCCGACGGAUACGGGCGUACAGCACAUGCAGCACCAGUACGCCCCGUCUCCGGACCCCAUGGUCCAGGGGGGUCCCUUGGCGCCGUUGACGCAUAUGUGAGAGCCGCUUUUCGCGGUUCAGCAGGACUGCCAAUCCCUGGAUGUUCCGCCUUUGUGAAGAAGUGAUCCUCAAUGUAUAUAUUUCCAAGCGAGACAAGCGGUAUCCGCCAUCGGUGAACUUCAAAUCGCCUGCGGUAAGCCUUGGUGAGACUAUCGGCUCAAUAAAUAACCUAUAAAUGUCGAAAGUGCUUUUUCGUAGUCAAUGACAGCAAAGCAAGACAAAGGCCUUCCCGGCGACUGGUUUAAUAUCCCGGAACAGGCGCUGUUCGGACUAAAACAGUUCUAACUUUCUGAGCUCAAAAUAAAAGAAUUUUUGAAGUCUACCAACCAAUGUACGCCUAUAGUGAUAAACGGGCAAAAUUGGAGUGUACCAAUAAGAUAUGAAGAAACCUGUUGAUUGAAUAUCAAACUCGGGACGUGAAGGUGUAUUUAGGCAUGGCACCGAAAGGUUCCCAAUGGUCUUAUUGUGUACCAACAGUGAGUUGAUAUGUAGGAGAUUAUGUAAAAGGUUUGGAAUGGUGUGUUUCUUUUUUGGUUCAUCUACAAUCUCCAUCCUGAAGCUGGCAGUUCAAAAUCGUGAACCAGGUCCAAGUAUGUUCAUGGGCAGUUAAUUUUCUCUGAUUUAAAUAACGCAUACGGUUGACCUUUGAUGACAAUUUAUAGACAAAUGCAGAAAAAACAUAACACUUCAGUGUUAUCGAGUAUUCAUAGAGACAUGCGCUAGAAGCAGAAACAGAUGGUUAUAGCAUUUAUUCAUCCCGUUUCUAAAUUUACCCUUCUUGCAAUUACUUUAUACUUAUUGAUAAUAGUUCAGAAACAAGAAAUUGAGUCUAAAAGCCUCGAAGCUGAGUGUGUUGUGUGUUCGUAUUUGUUGAAAAAUUUAUAAUAUCCUAUGCCCCUGGUUCUCCAAGUACAAUGCCAUAUAAGUAUAAUUUUUAAGCUUUCUGGGGUAAGAAGUAUUAUUGAGUCAAACGCCAUCAAAUGCUUCAAUGUAUUUUGUUUAACAAAGUAACCAGAAUAACCUUAUGCUUUAUAUCAGAUGAAUGUUACGAUAACCUGGCUUAAUGAUUUGCACAACCAAAACAUUGCAACAAUCAAACUGCAUUUAAAGAUACGCUGAAAAAUCUUUUAACAGAAAUGUCUGACAACUCUGAAGAUAUAUUCCAUUAGAUCAAGUACCAGACAAUCUGCAGUGCAAUCAUAUACAUGAUAAUGUUAUUCAUAUGGAAAUAACAGUUAUUAUGAUAUUAUGAAGAUUAUUGUUUGGAAUG